UCUUGACGUAAUCACUAAAAGUUGGAGAAUGAGUGCAGUGCAUCACUACAUGUGACCGGUGCCGGCUUUCCAGUGUUUUACUAUUGAAGAAUUCGCAGUUUUCAAAUUGAAGUAGUACAGAAGCGGAUUUCUUCAGAUUUUAAGUCUCCGUAACUUAAAAGAAGACAUGCCACCAAACGUGACUAGUGCCCCUAAUGGGAUCCAGUACGAGGAUGAGACCAUGGACCCUCUGAUUCCCUCUAUAGAGAAAUACGAUGGCUACCCGAAGCAACUUCCGGGCAAGGAGUACAAGCGAGAGCUGGUCUGGCGUAACAUCAUCCUGUUCGCAUACUUACAUCUUGCAGCCCUCUAUGGCGCCUACCUUAUGUUAACAGCUGCCUCCUGGCCCACCGUCAUUUGGGCUAUCGUGCUAUAUCACUUUUCGGGGUGGGGUAUUACGGCAGGGGCACACAGACUCUGGGCCCACCGUUCCUACAAGGCGAACCUGCCUCUACGUAUGAUCCUGGUCCUCUUCAAUACCCUGGCCUUCGAGAACCAUGUGAUAGAGUGGGCACGUGAUCACAGAGUGCACCACAAGUUCAGUGAGACCAAUGCAGACCCUCACAAUGCAAACCGAGGAUUUUUCUUCUCCCACAUCGGCUGGCUGCUGUGCCGCAAACACCCUGACGUCAUAUCUAAGGGCAAGGGCAUCGAAAUGAGUGACCUGGAGAACGAUCCUCUUCUGAAGUUCCAGAGAAAAUACUAUCUGAUCCUGAUGCCUAUCGUGUGUUUUGUGGUGCCAACUGUUAUUCCUGUAUACUUGUGGGGUGAGACCUGGACCAAUGCCUGGUUCGUGGCCACACUUUUCCGCUACACCUUCACUCUCAACAUGACCUGGCUUGUCAACAGCGCUGCUCACAUGUGGGGUCAGCGCCCUUACGACAAAUUCAUCAACCCAUCGGAGAACCUGUCUGUGGCAGUGGGAGCCCUGGGUGAAGGUUGGCACAAUUACCACCACACCUUUCCUUGGGAUUACAAAACAGCUGAGCUAGGAAACUACCGGGCCAACUUCACCACAGCCUUCAUCGACUUCUUCGCCAAGAUCGGUUGGGCCUACGAGCUGAAGACAGUGUCCGAGGAGAUGGUCAGGAGACGUGUACAGAGGACGGGAGACGGCACUCACGAAAAAUACUCUCACUCACACAAGGGUGAUGUGUGGGGGUGGGGAGACAAAGACAUGCUCCAACAAGACAAAGACGAAGCACUAGUCAUUAACAGAAAAUCACAGUGAUUAUCUAAAAAUUUAGUUUUGUCUACAAAACAUUCCAACAUUUACCACCAUUUUAUGGGUCUUAGGCUUCACUUUUCCCGAUGGUUUCAACUUAGUCAACUUACUCAUUUGAACCAUCAUGACUUACAAUUUGUAAUAUGCCUAAUAGAAAUAAAGUUCUAUGGUGAAAUGAGAUUAUUUUGUUUAUAAUCAGUGUAUAUAAUAUUUUGAUAUAAUAUUUAAAUACGUUUUUUAUAUGCUUCUAGAGCAAAGUGAUUAUAUGUUCCUUUUUGUAUUGUUAAUAGUGUAGUAAGAUCUUGGAAGAGUGUGUUGUCCUGGACAUUGAGUGAGUGGUUGUAUGGUAGUAAUAUUCAAUUAGUAAUAGUAAUAUUCUUAAAAAGAAAUACACAAGUAGAUUGCCCAGAUAAUUGUAGAAUCUCGCACAUCUUGGUUGUUUACUUGUCAAUAAAAUUGCUCUGUGAUAAUAUGUGACUUAACGCCUUAUUGACUAAUAAUUUAUUUUCAUUUAUUUCACUCUUCAUCUAACAUGAUUUUUUUAAUUAUUACAUAGAGCAAUCAUUGACAGUAUUAGUUGUGUUGUGUUAAAGUGUAGUUAGUUUCUUAUACAAAUAUGGCAGGUGAUAUAUUUUUCAUUUCUGGUAGUUAUGUUUUAAGUUUCACCUUUAAUGUAGCAAAUUUAUUUAUAUUGUUGACUUGGAGCAUUGUCAAGUUUUUCGAUUACAAAUACAACAAUCUUACUAUUGUAUAUCUAAUCAGAAUAUAUUAAAAGAAAUUACAUUUUCUAUUACAAA